AUGAGACGCCUAAUAGUUGUUGCCAUGUUGGUUUUAUCCGCGGUGCCACAAGUUCAAGCGAUUCUGCGUGGUGAGAGCUCUGACACGUUCCUCAACCCCAGCUCUCGAGUUCGUCCACGAUUCAGAUACUGGCUGCCAGAUGCCAGUGUUGAUGCUGACAUUGUGGCUCAAGACGUUGCAUCUGCGGCUUCGGUUGGAGCUGGAGGAUUAGAAUUUGUCCCUUUCUACGAAUAUGGCGGCUCACUAGGCCAAAUGCCCACGGGGGCGAAUUGGUCCACGUAUAACUUUGGCACCCCUGCUUUCAAUGCUCUUUUUGAAAGAGUUCUCAGAGCACAUGACGAACAUGGUCUUGUGAUGGACUUUGCGCUUGGGCCGAAUCAAGGCCAGGGGGUUCCUGCGAAGCCGGACGACCAAGGCUUGCAAUGGGAUAUGGUGCCUUUCACCGAAGCAAUACCUCGGAAGGAUAUCUUCACUGGGAAGAUACCUGGUUGGGGGGCGGGUGAUCUUGUAUCACUCGUCUCGGCUCUUGUUGAAUCUGACAGAAUUGUAACGUAUACGGCAGCUGGUGCUGUUGGUCUCCAAAACGUUACAUACACGGAAUAUCGGCUCAAUCCAGAAACGCUUACCGAACUAACCAAACACGUGGAUCAAUGGGGAUCUAUCAGUCUUACACUUCCUCAAGCUCCCAAAGGUAAACAUUAUCGAUUAUUUGCGUUCUAUGAGAGACUAGCCGGUCAUAAAAACUUGUCCUUUAACUCAUUCAGGCACGCCACGAUCUUUGACGACGGAUCAUAUGCGGUCGACCAUUUCAGCUCCAAUGGAGCUACGGUGAUUAGAAAGUUUUGGGCGGAGCACAUUCUUAGCGAUGAAGUGCUGAAGCUUUUGUCCAAAGUUGGCAAUUAUGCAUGGGAAGACAGUUUAGAGUUGACUUUCAACGUAACGUGGUCUCGUUCCCUGCCAGACUUGUUCAAAAAGGUGGCCGGCUAUAGUCUCAAGCCUUUUCUGCCUCUGAUGGUAUUCCAGCAAAACAACCUGGCGACACAAGCAACAGAACCAGGCUCAUUUAAAUGUAUUCUCGAUAGGGAUGAUGAAGGGGUCGGUUAUGUGAACGACUUUCGUGCCGCACUCGUUGAAGGAUACAAACAAUACAUUUCUGCACUGGCAUCUUGGACUCGCGAGGUGCUUGGUGUUCAACUCUCGGCUCAGCCGGCCUAUGGCUCCAACAUGGACAUGCUCGCCGCCGUCCCGAUCGUGGAUGCUCCAGAGUGCGAGAGUCUCUCAUUCCACGACAAUAUUGACUCAUACCGCGCCUUCGCUGGUCCCGCCCGUCUUGCCGGGAGGCGGGUAGUUUCAAACGAGAUGGGAGCUUUGAGAGGUGGCGGGUUCCAAUAUCAUCUCCCCGAGCUCAUAUUUUCUAUCAAUCGGGCAUUUUCAGGCGGUGUGAACCAGAAUGUGAUUCAUGGGCAGCCAUACUCUGGACGUUACUUCAACACCACCUGGCCAGGCUACACCCCAUUUCGAUACCUUUUCUCAGAACCUUGGUCAACCAAGAUGCCUGCGUGGCACCACGGCCUGGGAGAUGUAAUGAAUUAUACAGCCAGGGUGCAACAUAUUCUGCAAAGAAGUGUUGCCAAAGCAGAUGUCGUGAUAUACAAUAAGGAGUCUGCUACAACGAUCAGGACUAUAUACCAAGCUGAUGAUCUGCUUUCGGAAGGUGAGCCUACUAUUGGUUUGGACAUUGCUAGAAGAACUUACAAACUGAUUCUCGUCACAGGUUGGUCGUCGAAUUAUCUUACUGCAGAAAACCUCUACCUCAAGGAAGCUUAUGUAAAGAACGGAGUCUUGGCCCCUGAUGGUCCUGCGUGGAAAGCGUUCAUUCUAGAAGCCUCCCAAUAUGUAACAUUCGACACAGUCAAGAUUCUCCGAUCUUGGGCACAGCAAGGUCUACCAGUGAUCAUCAGCGGAGGGAGGCCAAAAUACUAUGCCACGGGAGGAAAGUCUGCAGGGACUGAAUUCGAACGCCAAUUAUCGAGUCUUCUGCGCACCCGUAAUGUCCAUUCGGUUUCAUCUGGGAAGGUAGCGGGAAAGCUAAGAUCCCUUGGCUUGCGGCCGCAGGUUGCCGUGAGUACUAAUGGUACCUGCUAUACGUCUUGGAGUGAAGCCAAGGGUACCGCCUAUGCCAUUAUUUAUUCCGACUUGACAGCAGCCGAGGGAAACAUCGUCAUUGCCACUACUCAGACACCCUACUUCCUCAAUCCUUGGACUGGCGAGACUUUCCCAGUGCUGGUGUACAGGCGGACCAAGACUACCACGAUUGUUCCCUUUAGUCUCGCUGGCAACCAAACUCUGAUUCUUGGCUUCGGCGAGAAUUUGGAGAAGACGAUAUCGGCACCUCGGUAUCAUGCCGAGAACAUGCCCUCAAACCUUGUUGGAUCUCGAGUUGCUCACGAUGGUAGUAUCUCGCUACAUGUCGCUAGGUCAGCAAAUCCUUCCAAAAUAAACCUCUCGGAUGGUAGAAUUAUAAGGAUCGAUGCCAGCUCUAUACCGCCAACCUUUCGAUUAAAUGAGUGGAACUUAACGGCAGAACAUUGGGAAGCACCAAACGACUUGUACGAUAGCGGGUAUACAGUGAGAUACAACACGACCCAUUACUUGAACACACCGACAUCAUGGAGCGAGAUAAAGGCCCUUGCCAAUACUUCCGGUGUCGGCUAUUAUACCACGACCUUUCAGUGGCCACCGAACGGUCCCUAUUCUGGCACAACCUCUUUGGGUGCAUACAUCUCCUUUUCUAGGGUCGUGGAUUCAAUCAAAGUGAUUGUGAACGGCCACCAGAUUGCUGCAAUCGAUAUCACCAAUGCUAUGGUUGAUAUUGGCACUCACUUGAAGGUUGGGCAGAAUAGAAUUACCGUCAUUGUCCCCACCACGAUGUGGAACUAUGUUCGGACGGUCCUGGAUGAAUUGGUCACGGCUGGCUCUAAGCCUUUACCCGUUACGCUACAGCAACUUGGAGUACCUCUGGAACCACGUUCGGAGGCUGGAUUGAUCGGGAAGGUUUUAAUCAUACCUUAUAAGCCUAUACUUGUCUAA